UUUCCAAAAUGAGGCCUUACUAUCUUUUGGUCCCUCUUUUAGUACUCUCCAUUAUUUCAACAACCACAAAUGGCCUAACACAGCAAACUAGCUAUGUAAACUCUGUGAAAAAAACUAACACCAUUAUCCAACAAUUCUUGACUCCUCAAAAUGCAGCUCGUUCAGCACUUAGACUAAAACCAUUAGUGUGGGACAAGAAAUUGGCUAAUUAUGCAACAUGGUAUGCAAACCAAAGGAGAUAUGAUUGUGAGUUGAUUCACUCAAAUGGACCAUAUGGUGAAAAUAUUUUCUGGGGUAGUGGUGCCGGGUGGUCGCCGAGCCAGGCCGUUACGGCCUGGCUCGCGGAACGACGGUCGUAUAACUAUUGGUACAAUAGUUGUAACGACGGAGAAUGUGGCCAUUAUACGCAAAUUGUGUGGAGAGAAAGUAGAAGAAUUGGUUGUGCAAAAGUGACCUGUUUUAAUGGAUUGGGAGUUUUUAUGACUUGCAAUUAUGACCCUCCUGGUAACUACAUUGGAGAAAGGCCUUACUAAACUUUUUUCAAGUUGAAAACUUGAAAAUUGAGAGAAUUCUUCUUAUUUUUCAUUUUUUUUUCCUUUUUUUUAACUGUGUUGUUCAGACCAACUUGCAAGAGGUGAGAGAAGUCCGGAACAAAAUGCAUUGAAUUGGUUUUUGCAAUAUAUUUUCUUGAAUUAUUUUUUUGUUAUUUUGUUUUUUUGAAAACAUAUGUGAGAUUUGAGAAAGGAAUUUCUCAUUUGAUUAAAUUGUAUCAAUAAUUUAUAACAAGUGUAAUAUGAAUGAUUUGAAGUUAAUUAA